GGUGAGACCGUCGCGAGGAGCGCGCGUCGCUUCAUCCCACCACGAACGACCGAACGCGCCGAAUGUUUUCGUAUUUGGAUUAAUAAACGUCGAUGCUUUGUGUCAGUAUUUAUUAUAAUAAUAUCAUUACGUCACAGCGGGAAUUGUGCUCUGUUGGAUAUUGUGUGUGAAACUAAGGUUUCGGUCAGUGAGGUGUGAUUUUCGGGUGUAACUACACAUUACCCGAGAAAGUGUCAAAUUUUUGUGAUUUCAGUGUACGCAAUCGCCGACCGUUAUAAAUCCGAAUGAAAAUCGACUUAAUAUGUAUUAAGUAGUAAUUGAGUGUUGUGUUAGUAAAAUAAUAGUGUAUUGUGUAGUGGUAAUGGUGUGAUUAGUGAAACUGGCACGAGAUGGCGCUGAAAUCAAUUUUGAUCAUUCUCGUCUUGGCUGUCAUCGGGGGCGGACGUGCCGCUGCUGAAAGAGACCAUGCAUCAGCAAUCGUAGGCACAACAGCACGUCUCCGCUGCCGCAUCGAUGGUAGAUCCUGUGGUGCAAUGCACAGCAUCAAGUGGUACAAAUCGGAGUCCAGACUGUAUGUCUACUCCAUAUCUGGGAACACUGCCAUCGAUAGACCUGAGGGGCCUAUGAAAGAUAGUUCUGAGCCUAAUUCAGGAUCGAGAGUAACAAUAUCAUACUCCAAAAACAAGACUUAUGCAGAGCUGGUGAUUAACGACGUGAAGCCUGAAGAUGAAGGGGUCUACCGAUGUGAGAUCACCUAUCUUCAGGUUGGGGAAGACUGCAACACCGUCCAAAUCACCGACUUUCACACAUACAUAAAACCAAAAUCAGUGGAAGUGAUGACUGGUGACGGCAAGGUGCUGGCAGACUCAGCGAUCUACGGUCCACUGCUGGAGAGGGCCAAGGUGAACAUCAGCUGUACCGUGAAGGAGGGGAAACCACAGCCGAAGGUCGUGUGGUACUUCAGGAAGAGUCGAGGAGAUGAUUUGAGGGAGCUCAAUGGUGAAACAGUGACUCCAGAUAACUCCACAAUCACCAGAGUGCUGCCUCUGACAGUGACUCGCGAGGAGUUGGGAGGCGAACUGACUUGUGUCGUCAGCUCAGCAGCUCUGGAUGCCGAUAUCGUGAAGAAAGUUAAGUUGGAUGUUAGAGUACCUCCAAACAAGACGCUGAUCACGGGAGUAGGGGAGCAUGCAACACAGGGCACCCUUCUAACGCUGACCUGCACAGCAUCAGGAGCUCGACCUGCAGCCAAGAUCGAGUGGUACAACGGCACACAGAAGCUGAAUGCUGAUGACCAGAAUAUACAUACGAGAGACGUGGAGACGGAGGACACAACAUUCGAGACUAAAUCGAACCUCACCUUUGAAGCUACGCGUUUCGAGAAUGGCCGCAAAUUCCACUGCGAGGCUGCGAACGAAGUCACUUUGGAGACAAAAGACCAACCCAUGCAUGCGACCAGGGAACUUGAAAUCUGGUAUCCCCCAAUCGUGCGAGUGGAGCCGCGGAAUAUAACAGUAAUAGAAGGGGCCAAGCUACUGCUCAAAUGUGAAUACGAAAGCAAUCCUUCCUCAUUGAAAAGUGUCAUUUGGUACCGCAACGGCGAACGAGUACCAGUCCAGAACACCAGCCACUAUGAAGGUGGAACCACAGACCAGCACAGCCUCAUCAUCCUCGAUGCCAAUGGCGGAGACAUGGGCAACUACACCUGUGUGCUCGGCAACGCAGUCGGCAAUGGAUCCAGUGAAGAGAGUAUUGAUGUUAAUGUGCUUUUCAAACCUCAAGUCCGACUGACAAUGAGUUCUCCGAGCCCUAUCUUGGAAACCGACCACAAGAACGUGACCCUGACAUGUGAGGUGGUGUCAGGGAACCCUCCGAUCCUGGAUGAGGUCAUCUGGUUCCUGGAUGGAGAGGUCCUGAAGCAUCUGCCUGAAUGCAACGAUACGGAGGGUGAAGAAAACCUCUGCAACGAAGUGGAUCCCUCGAUGCUGUUACUCCAGGAUACGACGAAGAGUUUCCACGGCAACUACUCGUGCAAGGGCAAGAACUACGCUGGCUGGGGCAACGUCAGCGCCAAGACUGAGCUGGUGGUCAAUUACCCACCUGGUCCAGCUAAGCUGACGUACUCCCCGUGGCGUGUGGUGAAAGGCAAGAGUUUGGUGCUCAGCUGCAGCAUCAAGGAGCGAGGACGACCAGAAGCUCAUAGAUUCCGUUGGACCCGCGGCGGUAGACCGGUCAGCGACAUCGUGUCGCAGAACUGGACGAUAGACCCUGUGACCCUGGACCAUAGGACCAACUUCUCCUGCUGGGGCAUCAACGCUGGGGGUGGGGGGGAGCCAGCCUACACUUCUAUUGAUGUACUUGCUCCACCCAGUUUCAAAUACGCGAUGAACCAUUACAGCGGCGCUUUGUACAAAUCUCAAAACAUCUCACUAUCAUGCACGGUGGAAUGUGCACCACUAUGCAGCGUGCAGUGGCUGAAGGAUGGCCAUGUGAUAGACCCGGAGAAGACAGACAGAUACUACGUGGUAGAAAGGAAGAUCGAGCCGCAAGUCAACAGGAAUGAUUUCGAAGCUACUGAGUCUACUUUGCACUGGAACAUGUCGGCCUGGCCAUCACAUGCGUUGGAUCGAGCUGCAGACACAGCCAGCUACACUUGCAGAUCCUCCAGGAAUCUGGCAGGACCACCUGUCAACAGUACCACUAAAUUUGCCGUAGAAUAUGAACCAGAAAACAUUACUGUAACACCUGAAGUUGUGCAAGUGACUGAAAAUGAAAUCCCAGCUAAAGUGGUAUGCGCUGCAAGAGGUUUCCCCAUGCCCUCCUACACGUGGCGUCGUGAACAACCAAGCAAAGUAUCUGCGAAGGAAAAUAGUAACAAUUCCCUGAUCCUCUCAUCUUCAAACACAUUGCUGUUGGGACCAGUUCAGAGAAAGGAUGGUGGGAACUACACCUGUGAAGCAUACAACAGACAUGGAUCCGUCAGCACUUCUGUCUUCCUUGAUGUCAUGUAUGUUCCUGAAUGUGGCAUUAAACAAACUGAUAUUGAUGGAGUCCAAGUACUGGUCUGCACAGCACACGCUAACCCGUCAACGGUUUCGUUCUUCUGGAAGCUAAAGAAUGACAAUGACAGCCUGACAGAUGAGAAGAUUUGGCAGCAAGGAGCCCAAAGCUACUUAAGACUGAGCACCAGUGUCGACGUAUACAGGACUUACCUCUGCUAUGCCAACAACUCCGUUGGAAUGUCGCGGCCUUGUGAACGAGAUGUCAUGGCCAACUUGGAAAGCUUCGGUAAUAAGGUAUGGUGGCGUGACCAGCAGAAGAUGUUCCUCAUCGGGGGAAUUGCUCUCGCCAUCCUCGUGAUCACCGUGAUCCUCUGCAUCAUCAUCAUUUGCAUCUGCCGGCGUAUGAGGGCCAAGUCCAAAUACAAUAAUCCGGUUGAAUUAGAGGAGCGCGAGAAUCCUGACGGUAGCUGCAUUAAUGAGGUGUCAAUCGCACAGUCAAUUAUAUCGCAAGCUUUACCUGCCCUAUCGCCUCGUCUAAAUCUAUCGUUCAGUCCAAAAACAUCAGACAGAACAAGACUAGUCGACUCCCAAAGCUACCCACACAACUUAGAAAUGAAUAAAAUUGAGGAGAACCAAGCAACACCAGAAAACACGACUCAAACAGAAACGAAUCAAGAAACAGAGCUACAAACACCGAAAACAGAACCUAAAGUUGAUAGCAAUAAAGCUCAAACAGUCGUGACACCUAGCAAGUGGCCUUUGAAACCUGGAGUAUUGGUCCACGUGAACUCAAACCAUACUCUAAGUCCUAAGAAUCAAGCGAGACUACAAGCAGCCAAUGAAGAAUCUAACUUAGGACUCUUAGAAAGAAAUAAGACUGAAGAUAAAUCACCACCUAAAGUUGAAUAUUCAAAGAAAAAUGGAAAGCCAAGACAGAAUGUUGUAUCAGGUAUUUUCAAAAACCUCAGACGAAAGAGUGAAGAUUCUGAUGAUGAUAGUGGGAAAUAUAAAAAGAUAAAUAAGAGUAAUAAGAGAGCCAUGUCACUAGUCAGUAUGAAUAGACCGGGAUAUCUAGUUCAAAAGAGCAGAUUGAAAUCACUGUUUCAAAGUGAAAAGCCUAAUAUAAUUGUCACUGAAGGAGUUGUGUCGUUCAAAAGACCUGAUAGAAUAGUCACGACUAGUGCCAAAGUUAAACCAUUCACUGACGAGGAACCAAAGACGACGAGAAAACGGAAAAAACCAGGUGACAGCCCACCUUCGAAUGGCGUAGAUAAUGCAGCAAACGGCAACCUUGGGACGGACAAUCCAGGUCUCUACGAAAACCUGCCGUUCCACGGACUACAACAACCUCCUAAUAAGCCUGUACAGGCGAUACAACCGCGAGUGAUAGAGACAAACCCUAAAACUUCAAAAGGAAUAGAAGCUUUACAAAAGCAACUGACUACAAACCCAUCGUUCACACCAAGACUGGUUUGCCCACCAUUCGUACAAAAUGCUAUAGGAUACCCCAUGGCUUCAAACUCACAAUAUUCUUACGGAAUACCAGUGCUAUCUCCCAUACAACAAAUGUAUCCGUUGCAUCAAACGGUUCUGCUCAACCCAUAUCUACCGCCAAUGCAAACUUCAUUUUUAAAACAAUUCCCGACUAUAGACGAAGAAAUGCCUGAAGGUGACAAAAGGAAAUUCUCCUCCCUAAACACGAGAAUCCAAAGAAAAUCACCACAGUUCCAAUCUAUGAGAGUUGUGAGAAAAAGGAAUAUAGAAAGGUUCUAUCCUAACACGGAGUAUGGAGAGAAUUUCAAUGAAAUCAACAAUAAUAAUAAGAAUGAAAACCCAACUCCUGUUACUGAAGACUCCAUAUAUGUCAACUGUCCAUCUUUGCUCAAAGUCAAAUCUAAUAUAACUGGAGUAGAACAGUUUGAGAAUCUGACAGAUUCCAUACAAGUUUAUGAAGAGCCUGAUUUAAGUCAGUCUACUACUUCUCUAAACCGGCCAGUACCGGCUCCACGUACUAAACUUUCUCCUUUAAAAUCACCUUCUAAAACAGAUCAUGUUUACGUCAAUCUUUCUAUGCCCUUGAUAAAUACAAAAUUUUCAAGAUCAAUUGAUACUAUUGAUGCUCCAGUUCGUCCUACAAAAUCAGCUGAAGAUAUAUCCAAAAUGAAAUUCGAAAUCCUAAAAUCUGAUCAAGAUGAUAAAGAUGAAAGUGAUGAAGAAAAGGAUGCAGACGAAACAAAGGCUGAUAUUUCUAAGCCAAACAUUAUAGGAGCUACUCCUAAAAGAAAUCUAUCUGGAACACUACCAUCUACUUCGCUCGUUAGGUCUGUUGUGAGGCAAUUGAACGAUGAGGGUAUCAACAAAGUUGGAUUACCAAAGAAACAAGUAAUAUCACCAAAUAAAACUCUACAAAUACCAAAGUUAACUGAGAAACCGAUACCAAAACGAUCAGUUGUAAAACGUAGUCUUUCAGUACAGAGCUCUCUGACAGUGGACAGUGAUAACGGUCAGAAUACUAACAUACUCCAACAACAGUACAUGCAAAAACGUAAUCACUUCACAAACUUAAGCAACAAAGGGAAGAACAAGAAAAAUUUUCAAAUACCACUCCAAAAACAUCAUAGCUUUUGUUACUUUCAACCAAUAAGGGUCGAUAAAAGGAUCCCUGUUGACCAGGAGAGGUCUUACAAUAACACGAUAGGGCCUUUGAUUUACCAGCCUUCAGAAGCGCAGUACUACACAAAGACAUUGAACAGAACGAGAGAAAAGAAUAGUCAGAAACUGAAUCGCUUGAAAAAAUCAGAAAGCCUAAGAGAGAAACUCUCCUGUGUCGGGGUUUACGAUAACUAUCAAAAACCAGAUUACCCUGAGCCAGAAUACAAUGAAUCAGAGAGGAAAUCAUACUUACAGUUACUAAAAGGCAACUACAUAUCAAAUUCAACGAGAAAUUUGGGUCCGGAGAAUUUCAGCUCGAAUUACCCGGGCCCAAAAGAUGAAAAGCCUAAACAAAAAAAGUUAGUGUACGCUGAUUUAGCUUUAGGUAACCAUAAUAUGAAGUUUAAAAACACUGUCAAUUCUAAUAGACAUUUGUAUGAUACGUAUACAGUAGGUUCAGAUAGUGCUAACAAAGAUACUAACUCUAGUUAUAAGAAUACGUCUAGUGCUCAGAGGAAAGGCCACGCGCAGCCUAGGAGUGACUAUGCCACUCUGAAAUUUAAUGAGAUUGAUGUCUGAGAGGAACGCUUUUCCAAGAGUGACACGUACAUUUUUUAAAAAGUUCAAGCCAUUCAGACCAGAAGACCAAUUUAUUUAUGCCGACGCUGACAUGAAAGACUAUGGGCCUAUAAACUACAAAGCAGCCUCAAUUUACGCUCAAA